AUGUUCUAUGUUUUGCGUAGCUUUAAGCCACGGUUUCUUAAGCCACCCCCUCCUUUUAUAGGGGAUUCGGACGAAGGCCAUCAUGGGUACACUAAAGGCAAAUCGACGCGGCAGUUCUCUCGCAGUGGCGACCCUUCGCAACGAUACAGAGAUGAGCACCAUGUCGAUGAUGGAGACCAGAAAAAUGACCAGUCUACUACCUUGGCAAGGGGUCCUUCAAAAGGAAACAAUUCGCUUCGACAACGAGAGGCAGGCCAAAAUGUGACUGCGCACCAGGAAGGACGUUCGACUGCUCGGCGACCACCUAAGAACUCAAAGUCAGGCAAUCGCCAGGCCGCCCAGUCUGAAGAUGCCGAUGAUGUAGAUCUCACCAAUUCUGGCGGUGAAGUAAAAUCAGAACAGACUGUGGAUGAACCGGCCACGGGGGAAGCCGGCGAUAGUACACUGGAGUGUGCUCCGGUAGACUCAGACGUGAAGGAUGAUCAUGAAGUUGACUCGGAGGUCAAUAACUCAUCCGCCUUGAUUAAGCCAUCUCUUCACGUGUCUCCUACUAAUGGUUCUAACAAUCAACAUCAUAAGUGUCCCGCUCCUCGGCGACACGAGGGGGCCUAUUCGGUCCCGAGUGAUGCAAAUGACCUUGAAGUUUGGGAGACCGCUUCCGAGGGUGCCUCCGUCACAUGGGGGUUCAGUUCGUCGAUCUUAGGCGAAUCGCAGACUUCUACAAGUUCCUUUCAAGAAUGCACACCUAGCCUUGAAACUGCGUCGUCUGGCCAACAUGAUGAAAAUCUAAUCAUGGUCCGUCGUACAAACACUUCCAACGAAAUUCCACCAAGACAGACUGCAACACAUUCGAGCGUACUGGUUUCCUCGCCUGAUGAGAAAUGCACGUUGGAGAAAGCUUGCAAGGAUCCGUGCGUCGUUGGUUCUUGUAGACGCUGUUGUUCCUCGGGCGAUGAGCCCAUAAAUAAGCACUUCCCCCAGCUUGGACUUCGCGAAGGGGAUAGUGACGGUGGGGGCAACAGUUACACAGACCGAAGAGGCCGGGCGGACCGAUACGGCAGACCACGCUUCGAGAACCGCAAUCGAGGCCCUUCGUCCCUUAAUGGUGCUUCGGUAAUCGUGCCGCUCAUGUCAAUCAACGCUGAAGCGCCGCCGUCAUUUUGCAACAAUCCAAGUUUCCUCGAUUCUCCGUCAGACGAUAGUCCGCUGGCAAGCAAUCCCAUCGAGGGCGACUCCCAAGCCGUCUAUUCGCCUGAACAGGAUGGAGACACGGCCUCUGCAGGCACGAAUACUGAUUCUUCCAAUGAUGGGUUUACUGAGGUUCGGUCAAAGUCGAGCAAAAAUCGGCGACGCUUGCAGAAGAAAACACAGUCUGCUGUCAGUACCGACAAAAAGUCCACCUCACCAACGGACCCUGAGCAACAACGUAGCAGCGUCAAGACUUCUGGCCAGAAACGUCAAACUGAUGAGGCGUCUCAGAAAAUCAAACAGUCUGAAAAUAUUGUGCAACCGCCUCCAAAAACAUCGCCGGCCAAAAAGACCCCGAAGAAGCUCCAAGCGAAAAAUGCCUGGACUGUCCCUCUUCAGGCCACAAUAAGUGCUCCUACGAAAACAGAGGUUUCUAGUGCCUCUACUGUGGAAACCUCUAAGACCUCGUACGCCUGGUCAAAGGUUGUUGGCUCUAAGGUGUUACCUUCCGAGAGCAAGGCCUCCAAUAACAGUCAACCUGCAAGCAAACCGGACAGCGGAGCAUCUGUGAAUAGCUCCGAGGAUCCUACCACCAAGGUAAGUUGGUAG